UUACAUAAAGCCAGAUGGCCCUUUUCCUCUUCCUUGACCACCACUGGCAAAAAAAUGUCUUCCUCAACACCAAUUUCGCCUCCUAUUCGCCCGCGCGCACUACGGCCUUUAGACUAUGAUCUCAUCAAACAGCGUCGCAAGAUUCGCAACGAGAAGGCGCGUAUUCACAUGGCCCAGAAACGCGCCGACCUGAAGAAGAAGCCUCUUGAAGUGCAGCAACAGGCGGCGAAGCUGGCGCGACAAUAUCGGGCCCGCUAUCAGGAGAGGUACAGGCAAGCGAUGGAGCAGGGACAGAAGCAUGACCGAAAAACUAUAUUUGAACAGCGUUGCGGAGAAGUGGCUUAUAUCGAAUACAUGUUGCGUCAUGGACGGAUUCAGAGACCUGUUGGGCGCUGGGCAAAGACUAGCAACGGCGAGCAGUCAUCGACGAGUGACGACCUUCCACCCGCUGCUAGCUCACCAAAUUAUAGUCACCACCGGCACUGGUGCAAACCGACUCGGAUUAUCUCACUCGGUGACCAUCUCUGA